UGUCGCCGUGCGCCGAACGACCCGAUUUCCGGCAUGCCGGGCCGGCGUCUUGGUGCGGCUUCUCGGUUGCCCGCGCGCCAUGGAAUGCCUGCGCUACCUGCCCGGGCUGCUGCCCCGCGCCGCGCGGUCGCGGAGGGUCCUGUGUACGGCGGCUGCGCGCCUGAGCUUCGCUGCCUGCGGCGGCCGGACCACCCCUCUUCUUGCCGGGAGCCUGAAGGCGCCGAGCACACCCCGCGCUGCAGGUGAUGUGCACCGGUUUAGAACCUCUGAUGCCUCUCAAGCCACGUUAGCCAGCGUGGCCCAGGUGUUUGCCGUGACAAAGUUUGACAAAGAAGGAAACGUUACCUCUUUUGAGAGGAAGAAAACUGAAUUAUACCAUGAGUUAGCACUCCAGGCCAGAGACUUGAGGUUUCAGCACGUGAUGAGCAUCACUACCAGAAACAACAGGAUCAUCAUGAGGAUGGAGUAUUUGAAGGCUGUGAUAACUCCAGAGUGUCUUCUGAUACUAGAUUAUCGGAAUUUAAACUUGGAGCACUGGCUCUUCCGGGAAUUGCCAUCACAGCUGGCCGGAGAAGGUCAGCUCGUCACAUACCCAUUACCGUUUGAGUUCAGAGCUAUUGAAGCACUCCUGCAGUAUUGGAUCAGCACCCUUCGGGGGAAACUAAGCAUCCUGCAGCCACUGAUCCUGGAGACCCUGGAUGCAUUAGUGGACCCCAAGCACUCCUCUGUGGACAGAAGCAAACUGCAUGUCCUACUCCAUAACGGCAAAAGUCUCUCUGAGUUAGAAACAGACAUUAAAAUUUUCAAAGAGUCGAUUUUGGAGCUCUUGGAUGAGGAGGAGGUGCUGGAAGAACUCUGUCUAACCAAGUGGAGCGACCCCCACGUAUUUGAGAAGAGCAGCACUGGGAUUGACCACGCAGAGGAGAUGGAGCUGCUGCUGGAAAACUACUACCGCUUAGCUGAGGACCUCUCCAAUGAGACGCGGGAGCUCCGGGUCCUAAUUGACGAUUCACAGAGCAUUAUCUUCAUCAACCUAGACAGCCAUCGCAACGUGAUGAUGAGGUUAAACCUCCAGCUGACCAUGGGAACCUUCUCCCUGUCACUCUUCGGACUAAUGGGAGUUGCUUUUGGCAUGAAUUUGGAAUCUUCCCUUGAAGAGGACCAUCGUGUGUUUUGGCUGAUUACAGGAAUUAUGUUUAUGGGAAGUGGCCUCAUCUGGAGGAGGUUGCUUUCGUUCCUUGGAAGACAGCUGGAGGCUCCUGUGCCCCCUAUGAUGGCCUCCUUACCUAAAAAGACCCUUCUGGCAGACAGAAGGAUGGACGUGAAAAACAGCCUCAGGCCAGAAGGACUUGGAACAAGCAGGACUAUCCUGGCAAGCCGCUAGCAGCAGCCUGGCAGACAAAGCUUUUAUACUUCUGAAGCUAUUACCACUUUCUGGGGGAAAAAAAGGACAACUGAUGUUUAAAUUAUGUCUGAUGAAAAAUACUGUGGCAUUCACAGUACUAAACUUGGUCACAUCUUCAGAAUUCUUUGAGACAAAGAAGAGGUUUCUUUGUAAAAGGCCAAAAUCUGUGUCCUACCAACUUUUGAAUACUGUUUUUAUGGGCUUUUUAAAGUAUAGAUUAAUUUAUUGUGAGAUAGACUUAUCUAGAUUCAGUGCCAUUAUACAUAUCAAGAAGAGUACAAGGCCGGGCUGUGGUGGCACAUGCCUCUAAGCACUUGGGGAAGCAGAGGAAGGAGGAUUUCUGAGUUCAAGGCCAGCCUGUACAGAGUGAGUUCCAGGACAGCUGGGGUUACACAGAGAAACCCUGUCUCAGAAAACCAAAAAAAAAAAAAGAAUACAGCUUUGUGCUGCCAGAGACCAGGGACUCAGCAGAGCCCAUAGUUCCUGAGCUUCUAGGCCUCAGGUCCUAGCACAGGGAGUCACGGUCCUGUCAGUUUCUCACUCAGGAAAAGAAAGCUGUUGGAUCUGUCAGCCUUGCAGCAAACUCCUUGAUAGAACCGUACUACCAGGUAUUUGCUCUCUUUUCUAUAUAAGAUGAUGAAAAGGAGGUAUGAUUUAAUGUCAACAUCCUCGGAUUCCAAUUAAGAUUGUUACUAUUUUUUUUUUUGAGUUAGGUUUAAAGAAAGUGUUUAUUUAUUCUCUUACAACUUAUAGCUGUUUUGAUCAUUGCCUGAUUUAAGAGAUUGUCAUGCUACCCCUCCCUAAGAGAAAAUGUGUAAAGCCAGCUAAUGUGUUUGCCUACCUCUCAAAAGUUAGCAGAUGGGCUUGUCAAACAAGAGUGUAGCUAAUGUAAGAACUGUGGAAGCGGUAUCUUCCCAGUCAGAAGCUCUCAUUUAAAGUAAAUGGCAGAGCAGGACUCGGUUGGUCCACCAGCUGUGUGCUUCCAGUCCUUGAGAGGCUGCAGCAGGAAGGUUAUGAGGAGUUUGAGGCCAGCCUGGACUACAGAGUAUGUUCUAGGCCAGUGAAGGUUAUAGAGUGAGUUCCAGGCCCACCUGGACUGUAAGACUCUGUCUCAAAACACCAUCUGAAGUAGGGCUGGGAGUGCUGCUCAUUGAAGAGUGCUCCCUCGCUCGCCCAGCACGAGCAAAGCUGUGAGAAGAGUCAGAUCGCUCAUACCUGUAAGUUUGAAAGCUGUCAUUCUAAUAACCAUUCAGCCUGACCUUGUGUGUUCUCAGGAGGUUUCAUACUUUGUGUGCUAGAACAUUACAAUAACCAAAAAGUGAGCUUCCCAAAGUAGUGCACUUGUAAAACUGUAGUAAGGCCAGAGCAACUCUUAGAGUACAGGGUAGGAAUAAUGAAGAAGUGUUCCCAUCCCAGACACUGGGCAUCUGAUUAUCCAAAUAGUGUCCCACAAGGAUUAGUGGGUACAUAAGGAUUAGCAAUGGAAGUAAAAAAUGUUACUACAAUACAAAACCGAAGGUUAUGAAUGAGUAAGCUCCCCUCCCGUGUGGGGCUGUGAGAAGCUGAUGUAGGGCAGCUGAGCUGGCCUGGUGUCCCAGCCACAAGAGGCCUCUUCAGGCCUCUGGGCGAGAUGCUGGAAUUUGACUAUGAAAACUGUAGCAGCUGAACCCUUAGACAGCACCCAGGAUUGUCUUUGAUGAGGCCCAGAUUUCACACCCCUCUUCAGCACACACAAGAGCACUUACACUGUGAAGGCCUAGGUUUCACUCAGCUGAGAUCCGUGAAGCAUUGAAAUCCAUCUGAUCCCAGCUCAGAUAGGAUGGAAUCCCAUUUUUCCUUGUAGUGUUAGGUUAUGAACUUAAAUAAAGUAAAUGUCUUGAUUAGUCAUGUCCCUCUUAUUGCUUCACAUAAAAGGAUGGAACUGGCAGUUUGUAAACUUUUAAAGGGGGUUGGUCAGGUGGAGUUUUUGAGUGAAAGUGCUCCUUAAUGUAAAAUGUAAAAUACUGAGUUUUAUGAUUGAGCAAACAUCGAGUGUGAGCAAAGAGGUGUGACACUUUCUGUCCUUGGGUUCAGAGCCUCUGAGCCAAUGAGGGCAGAGCAGAGGCCAUCCCAUGAAGUGAUUCCUGACAGCAGACUGUGGAAUGGGAUAAACAGCUCACACUGGCUGCUGCUGUGCAUUGGGAUCCAGAUCUGUACUCAGCUUCACUUCUUGGAAUGGCUGCAGUGAAGCUGCGUUUGAACUUUAGUGUGAUAACCUCAGUAGUGGCCAAAGAGGUUUUCUAAUGGAAGGACUGUGACGGGGUCUAGAGACCUGAGCUCUGCUCCAGAGCUAUCAUUUCAACUUUAUAGUCUGGGACAACAAGGCAAAAAGCAAUUACCAUCUUGAAGCCUUGAAAAUGUUUAGAGAAAGAUAGAAAACCAUUAUGUAAAUGUCUGUUGGUGUCUUGAGGUAAAGAUCAUGAAGUGUAUCAGAAAGCUGUUUUAGCUUAGAACCAUCUGACUCACUUAAGCAUUGUGGGGCUGAUUCUUAGAACCAGUUAGUGCUUGAAGGAAGGAGGUUUUAAUCCACCUGUUGAGGAUAAUGUACAGACAGCUACUGUUUUCUUUGUACCAGGAUUUUCUAUAUUCUUUAGGUUGAUCUUCAAAAGUGGGUGUAUCAUUUUCUUUCUCACAGAGGAGUCGGUAUAUUAAGUAUCCUGUCAACUUGAAGAUGUUUAGAUGUUUGUAAGCUUUAAGCUUUCUUUACCUGAUGACUGUUACAUGCUAUGCUCAGACAUUGAGCAAAAGACAAAUACUAUGGCCAACUGUAGCCAUGUUUAGACAGGCUCUUGUCCAUCCAUUACAGAGCAAAAUCACUGGCAUUUUGUGUCUAGAGCAUCUGCAGGGGUUGGGGGAGCCCCUGUCUGCUGUGCACGAGGCCCCGGGGCUAGCCUUGCCGUGUACAUUUGCUGAUUUGCUCUCCCUGUACCAAAACAAUGACCCCUCUGCCGGCUAUGCUCUUUAGAUAGGUUGAACCACUAAUUAAACCAAAUGUCCCUCUGUGCUUCCUGCUGUGCCUUAGGGACUAUAGAGUGCACACUCAGCAGCUGGUCUGGAGCGGGGGCUGUGCCUUCCUCCCCUUCUAGGGUAUUGUGUCUGUCCUGUCCCUCCUCCUCCCCUGUGAGCCAUCUCAGUGGAGUUGAUUCCUCUUGGUCUCUUCCUCAUUCUGCAUAGGGAUCUCUCUCUGAGUGGGACCUGUCACUGUCACUGUCACCUUUUCCCUCACCAUUUGGUACUGUUCCUAGGAUCAGAAGGGACGGUAUCCGUUGGCUGACCCAGAACCAGCUAGUCAGUGUUUGCAGGCAUUCGUGCUGGCAAAUUUCUCCCAAAGCCAUACUGUGGGGCUAGCACACAGAAGCCACCCUACAGCCCAAGAACAAGUGAAGCAAAGCCCACUUCGCACUGAGUCCCAUGCUGGUUCCUUAUGGUCACCCUGGGCUCAGGCCAUACCAUACCUUUCUGCUCUGUUGAUGCAGCUAGCAGUCUAGCACAGCAAAGCCCCACCACUCUGUAAGAUUUAAAACCACAGUGGUGAGACUCACCACCUGUCAAAACAGCCAGCUCCGCAGAUUUAUGGGAAGCAUUAGACAGCUCAUCAAACUUUAGUAUCUGUACUCGCCCUCCACUGUAUAAAAUGUGAGCACAGAAAUCUGCAGUGAGGAGGGACCAGUGUGGCCCCUUCCCCACACCCCUCUCUCUUCCUCCCACUGUGUUUUCACUGUACAUUGUCCAUCCAUAUGACAAAAUACCCAAGAUAAACAGCUUAAAAAGAGGAAAUGUUUAUUUUGGCUCACAGUUUUCAGCCAUGUCAGCUCCAGGGUGCUUGGCCCUAUUGAUUUGGGGCUGGGAAAGAAGCGGUAUGUGGUGGCAGCAGAGAGAUGAAGGACUUAGGGUCCUGAUACACCCCAAUAGCAUAACUCUCUUCAACAAAGUCCUGUUCCAGAGUUGCUACCUUCUUUAAGCUAAGGACCAAGCCUUCAACAUAGGAGAUUUGGGGUACAUUUAAGGUCCAAAUAGGACCAGCCACCACUACCAAGGACUUUUAUAGGAGCAAUUAUGGAGAGUGUUAAGAGCUAACUACACCCUUUCUAGGCAAGAGAGACAGGUAUUCCCACAGGAAAGGAGGUGGGUUGAUAAAGUCCCAGGCACAGGCAACAAGCUCGGGAUUCAAAAGAGCUUUAGAAGGGACUUGACCUCAAAGCCUGCUGCUCCCUAGCAAAUAGGGUCCACACAUAGCUGACCAUAUUUCCAGGUAGCCUGGCUGUCCCAGGAACCCCACCUCUAUCGGGUUUCACCAAAACUCCACUGGAAGACUACUUUGUCCAUCCUGGAGAUGACUUGGCUCAAGAGAGGGGCUGAAUAGGAGAGUGACGUCUUCAGUCUGAGCUGAGGCUGUAGACGUGAAGUGCCCCAGAGAGCCGGGCUCCCCAAGAACUUCUUCCAGCAGCAACAACCACUUGGUUCUGUAGAUGACAAAUACAGACAGCACUAGUGACAUUCCCACCAUGAAGUAGACGACAUACUGUGCUAUGAGGUGCACAGAAAAGCAAUGCUGGCCACACCCCACAGCCACAACUUGUGUCUCUCUCCCUUUGUUCAGAUGCCACUUUCUCAGACCUGUUAAGUAACAAAAACCACUGUUGUGCAAGUUGACCCCGGAACCUGACAGCAGUGCAUGUGACCACAUCUGGAGUGAUGGGGACUUGCACAGGCUACGUUCACACAGCAUCCCUGCUGCCUGAGAUGUUUUCAAGCUCACUUUCAGAAUUCCCUCCAAAGUCUGCUGCGGGUUGUGAAAUAUUUUAGUAAUGGCAAAUCUUCACAACAGUUAAAUUUGACUUUUAGAAACUGCAAAAGUUAUUUGAGAUCUUUGUUGGUAAGCAAAGUGUAGCUGAUUAUGCUGGCUUGUGACACUUUAGACAGCAGACUGUGGCAUUUAUCUUGUUGGUUGCAUUUUAACAUUAACAAUUGCAAAAUGAUGAUAAUGUUAGCAAUGUAUUGUGCCCUUACCAUGUGGGGCCCUUGCUGGCAUCUCCUAAUAAUCCCCAGGGUCAGUUAACAUGAGAAAAUAAUCUUUUCAAUUGGCAAAAUGGUCAUUUCUUCUCUUCCCUUAUUUAUGUAAUUACUAACUUACUAAGUGUGCUUUUACUCUGGCUAUAUUUUAAGUCUCCUUUCUAUUUCCUGGUCAAACCAUGCUUCUCCCCUAGAGUUAACCUUCCUGGCACUUGCCAUCUCCCUGGUCUAACCAUCUCAGGAGCCCUCUCAAGAACCAUAAGUUCUGCAUAGACACCCACUGUAUGCCUGGGUCAUUGUACCUUAAAAGCCUUAGCUGCAUUUUAUCCUUUCGUCUAAGCUGUAUGUAGGAGACUAGGCCAUGUCUCGCUGUUCUGUCCUCUCCACUGUCCAGUGAAGCAGGGUUAAUUCCUGCUGCGGCUCACCAGCUGGCAUGGGCAGGCUCAAGCACAGAGACAGUGGCAGUGUUCCUUACCACAUCUCCAGGCUGCCAGUUCCACCAGCUCGUGUGUCCCAGGAAGGAAUCCUGUCUUGAGAGUCCUACCUCAGGCCACUGAGCUUUAAUUCCCUGUCUCAGCUGGGAGCUGGGAAAGUGACACUGUGAACUGCAGUUUAAGAAGGCUAACUUAUGGAGUUGCACGGACCAGAGUUAACUGCAAGUCUUUUCAGAUGACCUUGAUUGCCGCCACCCUUGUCAGUGUUCUUGACAAUGUCUAAUUUUUUUGAAAAUGCAUAAAAUUGUAAGUAAGAGCCAAGUGUGUCCUUUAGAGAAUCCUUCCAUAAGCUUAAUAACUGCUGUUUCUAGUAGCUAACCCUGAACUUGCUGAACUUUGGUUGUCUGUCCGUGAGGAUUGUUAGCCACCAGAGGGCAGCUUCACGGUGAGUCUGCCAAGCACCUCCCAAGCCUUUACCUGAUUGCUGUCUUCACCAGCAUGGGACCUCCCACACUUAGGCCUCCUGCUCAAGCCGCCCCUCAGCUGUUCGUCCUUUGCCAGUCUCCCAGACCUAUGUGUGUCUUCAUGAGCAGUCGGCGUCCUGCCUUUGUGAAUAGCCUAGCACAGUCCUAAAUACCAGUCCCGAGAUGAACAAAUGCUUUCAUGGGAUAGUGUGGUUUCCUUUGUCUUGACACAGGGUGUCACUCUAACUCAAGUUAACUUGGAACUCUUGCGUCCCAGACUGGCCUUAGACUUCUACCUCAGAUUCCCAAGUGCUGGGAUUACAGGCACGAGUUACCACACCUGGCUCUGUAGUAGUAUGUAUUAAGGUAAGCUUCUUAAAUCUAUAUUGAAAUGCAAUAUUAAAUGUAUGGAUCCUUUGGGAGUCCCACUGCUGUGUUUCUUGCCUACAAGGAUUAUUGCAUAAUUAUGGAAAAAUUACAGGUGCAAGAAUGUUCACUACAGCACUAUCUGCAAUAGUAAAAAAAAAGGGGGGGGGAAAUAACAUAGAGUGUAACUUAACUGAAUUAUGGGAUGUCCAAAAAAUAAAGUACUGUGUAACUAUUGGGAAGUACUGAUUUGAAAGGAAAUAAAAGUACAUCAGAGUGCAGCCAUGGCGUACAUGUCUGUCUAGACCAAUAGUUCUCAACCCGUGGGUUGUGAUGUCUUUGGGGAUCGAAUGACCCUUUCACAGGGGUUGCCUAAGACCAUCAGAAAAUACAGAUGUUUACAUUACAAUUCAUAACAGUAGCAAACUUAAAUUUACGAAGUAUAAACAACCAUAACUUUAUGGUUGAGGGGUCACCACAACAUGAGGAACUGUAUUAGAGGAUUGCAGCAUUAGGAAGGUUGAGGACCAUUGGUCUAGACACAUUUAAAGACUGGCCAGGCACCCAGAAUGUCACCUAUCAGGUUGCUGCCCAGCCUGACAGCCUGAGUUCAGUCUCUGGUGGGAAGAGAGAACCAAAGCUCUCCCCUGCUCCUUGUGGCACGUGAACAUACUUGUAACACACACAAAUAAACAUUUUUUUAACAUA